CGGUCUUGCGGUCAAUGAGGUGGAGCUCUUGCUGAAAGACCCUCUGUGCCCCCGCUGGCCUCGUGCCACAUAGACGUGUCAUUUCAGGUGUGGCCUCAGCAGACCAGCAAACACACACACACACACACACACACACACACACACACACACACACACACACACACACACACACACACACACACACACACACACACUAGUCUGUGCAGUAGGCCAGUACUCGGCCUAUCUCAAAGGGACUGAAACGGCUAAUGAACCAACUGCUGUGGACCUUUGGACCUAUUUCUCGCGCAUAUAAACCCGCUGGAGAAACAGCACGGAUCUCGCGUCCAACCGGCACCGGCACCAUGGCUAUCUCGGUUGUCUUUCUCGGAGUAUCCCUCCUUGCCCUACAGAUGGUGUCCGGUCAGAACAUUCGCUGGUGCACGGUGUCUACGAACGAAAUGACCAAGUGCAAGGCCAUGGCGGAGGCGUUCAACGAUGCAGCUAUCCGUCCUCUUCUCAGUUGCGUGGCGGAGACGUCGGUGGUCGGUUGUGCCAACCUCCUAAGGAAUAAGGAAGCGGAUGCCUUCUCAGCCAGCCCCACUGACAUUUAUGACCUGAGCAAACUUGGGAGCUUUCUGAUUGCUGCAGGAGAGUCUGACCGUGAAGGUGAGGGGGUCAGCUACUAUGCGGUUGCCGUGGUGAAGAAGAGCUCCACAGUGACGGUGAACAGUCUGAAGGGCAGAAGGUCGUGCCACACGGGGAAAGGUCGCACUGCCGGCUGGAACAUGCCACUCGGGUACCUGAUCGACAGCGGCUUAAUGUCCGUCAUGGGGUGUGACGUGUCCAAAGGCCUGUCUGAGUUCUUUAAUGCCAGCUGUGUUCCUGGGGCAAAGGAGCCGGGGGAUCCUGCGUCUCUGUGUUCUCUGUGUGUGGGAGACGGAACGGGGAACCACCGCUGUGAGAGCAGCGACCUGGAGAGAUACUACGCCUACAGUGGAGCCUUCAGAUGUCUAGUAGAGGAUGCAGGGGAAGUGGCCUUCAUCAAGCACACUACAGUGCAGGAGAACACAGACGGCCAGGGGGAUGCGUGGGCAAGUGGCCUGCGCUCUGCAGAUUACGAGCUGCUGUGUCGUGAUGGCAGCCGCGCCAGUGUGAAGGACUUCCGCCGGUGCCAUCUGGAGCGGGUGCCCUCGAGGGGCGUCGUCGUGGGCGACCACGUCGAUCCCACCCUGGUGUAUAACGUGCUGAUGGACGGCCUGAGGAAGUCUGGCUUUGGGAUGUUCCAGUCAGCCAGUUACGGCGGCAGUAACCUUCUCUUUAGCGACAGCUCCACCACCUUCAUCGCGGCCCAAGCCGACAGCAUCAGCUGGAUGGGCCAAAGAUACCACCAGGCGCUCACAGCCAUGGACUGCUCCAGUGCAGACAUCCCAGAGUUCCUGCGCUGGUGUGUGUUGUCCAGUGAGGAGCAGAGGAAGUGUGUGGCCAUGGCCGAGGCCAGCAGCUCCGCCCACCUCACACCCAAACUCCAGUGUGUGUACGGAGACUCUGUGGACCAGUGCAUGCAGAAAAUAAAGGACAGUGAGGCCGAUGCCAUCACUCUGGACGGAGGCUACAUCUUCACUGCAGGGAAGAACUAUGGACUGGUGCCCGCCGCAGCAGAGAGUUACACAGGUGACACUGAUGGCAGUGUGUACUACUCCGUGGCGGUGCUCAAGAAGACUAACACCAACAUCCGGAGCCUGGCUGAUCUGCGUGGGAAGACCAGCUGCCACACGGGGUUGGGCCGCACCGCCGGAUGGAACGUCCCCAUGGGCGUGCUGAUCGAACGUGGCCUCAUCACCCCACAGAGAUGCCAAAUAGAAGAGGGCGCUGCAGGGUUCUUCAAGUCCAGCUGUGUGCCGGGGGCCAGUCAGGCUGCGCUGUGUGAGCAGUGUGUUGGUGAUCAGAAGGGGGAGAACAAGUGUAAGAAGGGCCUGGACCUGUUCGACGGAUACUCCGGGGCCUUCAGGUGUUUGGCCCAGGGUGCUGGAGAGGUGGCUUUUGUGAAACAUGCUACUGUCUUCGAGAACACUGAUGGUAACAACACUGAUUCGUGGGCGGCGCACCUGCUGUCCAGGGAGUUCCAGCUGCUGUGUAGUCAGGGCACGCGUGCCGAGGUCACCCAGUACCGCCACUGCCACCUGGCACGGGUGCCCUCGCACGCCGUCAUGGUGCGCCCAACGCUCAACCGCCACGCCAUCUACGGCCUACUGGACAAGGCACAGGAGUCCUACGGUAGUGACUCUAACCCAGGGUUCCGGAUGUUUGACUCCUCCUCAUACGGCGGCACAGACCUGCUGUUCAAGGACUCGACGCAGCGCCUCAUUGGUGUGGGCGAGAGACGCACCUAUCAGGAGUGGCUGGGCCAGGAGUACCUGGACUCACUCAUCGCCAUGGAGUGUCACUCCUCAGCUGCAGGCCAGUCAUUCACCACCCUGUUCGUGACGGUGCUCCUGAGUUUCCUGGUCUCCCUGCUGGCUGUGUAACUGCAGCGGCGCUCUGCCAUUGAUGUCUGUUCAGCCCAGCUUGAGCCUGGUUGCUUAUGGGGGGGUUGGGUAGCAAGCAAUUUUAGCCUUAUUCUUGUUUCAAUUAUGAGAACUGGAUGAUUUUUUUUUUGCACUUAGCUGGUACAACACGCAAAUUGUUAUUGUUUUGAUUGUUUAAAGGGACAUGUUGAGACUAUUUCUGGCUUUUAAGAUGGCGGAUGUUUAGUUGGAGGCCUUUAUCAACGCUGCUUGCUUUUGAGCCAAGUUCAGUACUGGUAUCGUGUGGUGUGAGAGUUUUGUUUGUUGUUGAUGAGCAAAUGUACAUACUGUAUAUUUGCCACAGUACUGAGGGCAAUAGCCAUAUCAGUGCGUAUGCAUUGCCUGUUACGUAUCUACCGCAGUGUUUCGGGAUGGAGCCUCCUGUUGUUUUUACUCCGAUGUUUACAUGUGUUGACUACUUGGAAGGCAUGAGCCGUAUCAGGGAAUACGCCGUGUCUUCUGCGGAAGUGUGGAAGAGGACCCUGCUUUAGUGGUGAAGGGUUAGAAGACUGACAUGGACCAGAUGUUUUCAGCAUGUGUUCUCCCCAAAUUAAAGGCGAAUAGUUUAGAAUAGUGUAGCAGUUUACUCACAGUAGAUGUAAAACAAUCAGUAUUAUCAUUAUUAAUCGUUUGGGCUUCUUUUUCUACUAUCUCCUAUUUGAUUAUUUAUGCUCAAAUGGAAGUAGUGAAUCAGCAGCGAAUGGCAUCAGUGAGAGCAUCUUGUAAGCAGGUCAGCGAAGUCCGGUUUGGGGAGAACAUCUCUGCUGUCCACACUGUGUCCCAGUGUAGUGGGAUCCUAUAAGAACCCGUAUCACUGUGUAGCGUGUAGAGAUCUCGGACCAUACUAGUGGAUGUGAGACCACCUUCCGCCUCUGAUGACUUCACCAAGGGCAGCCGUCUGUGGAGCUGUCCCUGAUCGGGUCCCAGCUCUGCCCAAGCUGCCCUGGAUGUCCCUGGACCUUUCUUCCUGCUGAACCUUACCUGUGCUGCUGUAGAACAGUGCCCCCUGGUGGGUUGUUAUGGAGUGGCACCCCUUGCUCUGCAUUAUGGUGCUGCUGACUUCUGCCUCCAUUUGAUGUGAUAUGAUUGAUUUAUGUGUUAAGCUUUGUUUUAAGUAUUUUUUUACUCAAUGGUCAGGUACCAUAUCAGUGAAUAUGUACUGGCACUCUGUUCUGUUAGACACGAAUGCUUGCCUUUUAAUCGUUUCUUUGAUGAAAUGAACAUAUGUAACUAAUAUUUAGUUGCCAGACCAGUGUGUCUGCUACAGUAUUGCUACAUACUGCACACAAGUCUAUGCUUUUCUUUGAAAUAAAAGAGCAUU